AGAAAAGCUGUGACCGACAGAUCAACGAGCAUGAAGAACUGACAUGACAUGAACUUGGGUGCUUUGAGAGGAAAGAAUUGUGAACUCGACAAGAGAUCUUCAGCUGGACUGGAGUUAAACUACGCACCAGGGGGAAAACGGGUGAACAGGAAUAACAGCAGGGCAAAAACGGCAAUAAUCUGUGGAGAGGAAAAAGUGAGGAUCCCGACAGAAGAGGCAAAAGGGGGGAGUUGACCUCUCAACCCUACAAACAUCAACCAGAGACUUGCAUCAUCAUGGAAACAGAGACGAGUUUCAGUCAUACAAACAGCUAUGCACAGCAUCCAGACACAGAGUUGUUCUCAAAUGAAGAAGACAGCAGUCUCUACUUCACCUACAGCGGAGGCUGCAUUGAGCUGGAGGUCAACAACCUGCACUAUGAGGUGGACACGGCAGCUCAGAUACCCUGGUAUGAGAGGCUGUCAGAGUUCAAGUUGCCGUGGGAGAUAAAAGGAAACAAGCAGACGGCCAUCAACAACCUUAGCCUCCGAGUGCACAGUGGACAGAUGUUGGCGGUCAUUGGCAGCUCAGGUUGCGGUAAAACGUCUUUGCUGGACAUCAUAACUUGUCGAGAUGAAGGUGGCACAAUGAAGUCUGGUCAGAUUCUGAUUAACGGGAAGCCCAACACGCCCCAGCUGGUGAAGAAAAGCAUCGCUCACGUCCGCCAAGACGACCGUCUUCUUCCUCAUCUCACCGUACGGGAGACUCUCAGCUUUGUAGCCAAACUGAGGCUUCCCACUCACUUCACACAGGCUCAGAGGGACCAGAGGGUGGAUGAUGUUAUUGCUGAGCUGCGGCUGCGACAGUGUGCUCACACCAGGGUGGGAAACGACUACGUCAGGGGAGUUUCUGGAGGCGAGAGGAGGAGAGUCAGUAUAGCGGUACAACUUCUCUGGAACCCUGGUAUUUUGAUCCUGGAUGAGCCCACUUCAGGCUUGGACAGCUUCACCGCCCACAACCUGGUCAUCACUCUGUCCUGCCUCGCUCGGGGAAACCGUCUGGUCCUGCUCUCCGUCCACCAGCCUCGAUCGGACAUCUUCCAGCUCUUCGACCUCGUCGUCCUGCUGUCUUCAGGUUCAGCUGUUUACUGUGGUGCGGCUCGUGACAUGGUGCCUUACUUCACUGCCCUGGGAUACCCCUGCCCGCGAUACUGCAACCCCUCUGACUUCUAUGUCGAUCUGAUCAGUAUAGAUCGCCGCAGUCCAGAACGAGAGGCUGAGUGUUUGGACAAGGCCCGAGUUCUGUCUGAGCAUUUCAUGGAAAAAGUCCGUGAUACUGACGACCACAUGUGGAAACCAGCCGGAACCAACGCAGCACUAACACAAGCUGACAGCCCUCAGCAGCCAAGCUCGGUAAAAGGAGAGAACGUAAUCACUAUUUCCAAGGAAAGCAACGCACUGCCUGGUGGAGUACACCAGUUUACCAUCCUCAUCAAGCGUCACAUGUAUAAUGACUUCAGAGAUCUGGUCACAUUAUUGGUCCACGGCUUCGAGGCCCUCCUCAUGUCACUGCUGGUCGGUUGUCUGUACUACGGGGCAGGAGAGGAUCGUCUGACCACUCAGGACACAGUGGCGCUCCUCUACAUGAUCGGAGCUCUCACCCCGUUCGCUGUGGUGCUGGACGUCAUAGCUAAAUGUCACACUGAGAGAGCCAUGCUUUACCAUGAACUGGAGGACGGCAUGUACUCCGUCACCUCCUACUUCUUCGCUAAGGUCUUGGGGGAGCUACCAGAACACUGUGUGUUCACUUUGGUCUAUGGUCUGCCCAUCUAUUGGCUGGCGGGACUCAACGAGGCUCCGGACCGGUUUCUCCUGAACUUCUUGCUGGUGUGGCUGAUGGUUUACUGCAGCCGAGCCAUGGCCCUGUUUGUAGCUGCUUCACUGCCCACCCUGCAGACUUCCGCCUUCAUGGGCAACGCUGUGUUCACCGUCUUCUAUCUGACCGGAGGUUUCGUCAUCAGCCUGGAGAACAUGUGGCUUGUGGCCUCGUGGCUCUCUCACGUCUCCUUCAUGCGUUGGGGUUUCGAGGGGAUGCUGCAGGUGCAGUUCAGAGGCAACAAGUAUCCCAUCCUUAUUGGAAACACAACCAUCAACAUCGACGGCAUAUUUGUGGCUGAGGCCAUGAACAUGAACCAGUAUCCGCUGUACUCGUGCUACCUGGUCCUGCUGGCUGUCUGUCUGAGCUUCAUGGUGCUUUACUUUCUGUCCCUGAAAUUCAUCAAGCAGAAGUCGAGUCAAGACUGGUGAAGAAACCGGACCAGCUUUGACAAUCAGAAUCACACACGUCAUGUGAGACAGGUAUCACUGUCCAAAGUGUUUUUGCAGAAGUGGAAGGAAGUAAUUUAGUUUUUAGUUCGACUGGUUCGAGCUUCAGAUUGUCAAUUUUAAUGUUCUUAUUUUGAUGUUUUACCAUGGAAAAGGUGCUUGAUUCAGAGAAUAAAAUUUGAAUAUGAGUAUUUUACUUUUAGAAUAUUUACAUUUUGUUUUAAUUUCAACAUGAGAAACUUUUGCACUCUUUUAAAUUGCAGAAAUGUGUAAAAUAACCACGUCGGUAUCUCAGUAGGGUGUAAAAAUAAUUGAGAAGAUUCCUGUCAUUGACUUGUCCAAGCAAUCUCAACAUGUACCAGCCUUCAGACUUCGAAUUAUAGGAAUAAUUAGAAUUCAGGUGAGAAAAUCAGCUAUUUUCACCUCAUGUUGCAGUGCUGCUGUCUGCUGCUGGAUGGCAGCAGAGCACUGCCCCAACAUCAAAUUAAAACCAUGGAGGAUUUUCUCUCCCUCUCCUCUCUGUCAUGGCAAAUGAUUAGAGCGCUACUUUGGCAGAUAUCCAUCUGCAGCUCUUGCUUGUUCCAUUUUCAAUCUACUUUUUUUCUCCCACAGCUUUAUCUUUUUUGUAUAUGUAAGGUUAUUAAGCUUACUGUAACAAUUGUGUUUGCCAGUAUAGAGAGCAGUAAAAAAAAAAAGCCUGGUAGAGAUUUAGUAAGUCACACUUUGAAAAAAAAGACCUUGUACUUCUUGUGUCCUCAUAGAUUGAUGGUUAUGUAAGUGGUAUGUUUUUGCACUGGUGCAAAAGCCUGCUCAAUAUUUUACCAACAUAUUUUACCUACAAUAAAGUAUUAAAUCAAA